AUGGAGCUCUUAAGUCCUUCUAAUCGCUAUGAUUUCAUUGUCGCCAAGAGGUGGAAGCUCAUAAGGAAGAUUGGAGCCGGAUCCUUUGGUGACAUAUAUCUUGGUCUUAACAUCGCUAAUGGUGAAGAGGUCGCCGUUAAAUUGGAACCUAUGAAUGCCAGACACCCGCAACUGGUCUAUGAAAGUAGAAUCUAUCGCCUUCUUCAGAACACGUUUGCCGUUCCUCGAAUACAUUGGUUUGGCUCAGAUGGAAUGAAGAAUGAUUAUAGGGCCUUGGUGAUGGAUCUGCUGGGUCCAAGUUUGGAGGAUCUUUUUAACUACGUUGGUCGAAGGUUUACCAUGAAAACGGUUCUCAUGUUGGCUGAGCAAAUGCUUUGGCGGGUUGAAUAUGUUCACUCCAGAAAUCUUAUCCAUCGUGAUAUCAAACCGGACAAUUUUCUGAUGGGAAUCGGCCAAAGGUGCAACAGGCUUUUUUUAGUUGACUUUGGUCUUGCCAAGAAAUACAGGUUUGUUAGUCCUUUACACAAACUGGUACCAUUGUACAGAGACAGCCGCACGAAAGUUCAUAUACCAUUUCGGGAUGACAAGAAUCUUACUGGCACUGCCAGAUAUGCCAGCAUCAACGCUCAUGCUGGCCACGAACAGUCAAGGCGUGAUGAUAUUGAAUCCCUAGGAUAUGUUUUUAUGUAUUUUCUUAGAGGUCAACUUCCAUGGCAGGGAUUGAGGGCUGCAACAAAGAAGCAAAAGUACGAGAGAAUCUACGAAAAAAAACUGGCUACAUCUCCGGAGCAAUUAUGUAGAGGCUACGCAGUGGAAUUUGAAACCUAUCUUCAGUAUGCACGUGAACUGGUGUUUGAGGAACCCCCAGACUACCUCUUUUUGCGAAGACUGUUCCGCAAACUUUUUAAGACUUACGAUUUCGCUUGGGAUUCUGUCUAUGACUGGACUCUUAUGAAACAGAAACCAGCAGCUCUGUCCUCUUCGGGCAACACUGCCGGAGGUCACCAUCAAACCACCGCGACGGCUGUCGGUGGCUGCAACAAUAACAACAGUAGCAAUCAGCAGCAGAUCUCCAUGUUACAGCAGAGCGGUGCAGAUGGUCAACAAGUUGCAAACUAUCGUCGGCAAUACGUGGAAGAGACGUUCAACAACUCAGGUGUUGACUAUGCUCAACAGGCUGCGCAGGGAGGAGCAGCAGCAACACCAUAUAAGGACCCCAAUCCCAGGUUUUGA